AUGACGUUCGCUGAAAAUUCACUACUAAUGACCAGCGAGAAUUUUAGUCAAACAGCAAAAAGCGCUGAAUGCGUUUUAAAAUUGUCUGCAAAAUAUUUCGUGGAGAAAAAAGCUUUAAGCGGCAGUAUCGUUAUAAUCAAUAUCAACUCUUAUGCAUCUACGACACAGAGUUUAUUGUUGCAGACCAUCAAUGCUGGGAUGAAAUAUUCAGUAAUGGUAAAAGAUUCUAUCUUCCCGCAUGCUAACGCAACGCAUUUCCCAGAGAAAGCGAAGAAUUAUAUGUUAAUUUUAGAAGACAAAUCGGAAUUGACGAGGAAUAUAUUACAAGUACAUCAGUUACCUUCCUGGAAUCCACUCGCUAAAGCCUUAGUAUACUAUCAGCUCCGGACUGGAGAAGACAGCGAUGUCGCGAUAGAUUUUAUUAAUGAACUUCGAAGUUAUAAACUACUCAAGAGCAUUGUAUUAUUACAUAAUGAUACAGAAGAUGAAGUUAUUUCUUAUUCUUGGAAACCUUACACAGAUACAAAUUGCGGAGGUAAAUGCGAUUCUGUGUAUAUACUUGAUAGAUGUAGGGAUGUGAAUUUUGAGGAAAUCGAGCAAUUGAGAAAUAUAAUUCCCAUAGAUAUGAAAGGUUGUCCUUUGAUUGUUCACGCUAUCGUAGCGGAACCCUACGUUAUGAGUCCGACAAGAAAGAUUUCUCAGUAUGCUGAUAUUUAUGAAUUUGAUAAAGGCGGAGAAGUCAACUUAGUAAAAAUAAUAGCAGAGUUCACCAAUAUGAGUCUUUACAUGUUUAUGUCGGAGCAAGAAGAAAAUUGGGGCACAAUAAACAAAAACGGUACAGCGACAGGGGCGUAUGCUUUGUUAAGAAAUGAAUCGAUAGAUCUAAUGAUAGGUAAUAUAGAAGUGACCCGAAGGUUACGUAAAUGGUUCCAUCCCACAACAAGCUACACACAGGAUGAAAUGACAUGGUGUGUGCCGAGAGCACAGAAAGCUGCAACAUGGGACAAUCUGUUGAUAAUUUUCCAAUGGCCGACGUGGGUCGCUAUGUUUUUGGGCUUGAUUAUAAUGGGUUCAUUAUUUCAUAUUUUCUAUCGCAAUGAAAAUUUAAAGCCCGUAUCUAUUGUUCGAUCAAUUUUGGUUACAUUUAAUAUGCUUUUGGGCUGGACUGUAUCGUUUAAACCGAAAAGCACAAUGUUCCGUAUUUUAGUAUUCAGUUGGGUAUUUUUUAGUAUGAAUAUGGCGAUCUCCUACGAGUCUCUACUGCGCAGUUUCUUAAUGCAUCCACGUUUCGAGAAGCAGAUAAGCGCGGAAUCUGAAUUGAUACGAUCUGGUAUAUCGUUUGGCGGCAGAGAGAUUUAUCGUUCCUAUUUCGAGUUGAAUAAUUCGAACUCGCCCUAUUUAUUUAAUAAUUAUGAGGUCAAAACAUACUCUGAGGGUGUGCGACGUGCUGCACUCGACCGGGACUUCGCAGUAGUAGCUUCUAGAAGACAAGCUGAGUACCAGGAUCAAAAUUUAGGUAAAGGAACAAGUUACAUUUAUUGUUUUCCAGAAAGUGAUAAUCUAUAUAAAUAUAGUGUGGUACUUUUAGCGAGGAAAUGGUUUCCGAUACUCGAUCGGUUUAAUAGUAUUAUACGAAGCGUCACAGAGAACGGACUCAUAGAAAAAUGGAACAGGGAAUUAUUUAUUCAUCGGCCGAGUGUAGAAAGCGUGGGAACAAUACUUCCGUUAAGUAUUCAACAUCUGUUAGGUGCUUUUGCAUUUAUUGGUCUUAUGUAUGUACUUAGUACCUUAGUAUUUUUCGGAGAAUUAGCAUUGGGAUAUAUCGAGAGACGGAAAGCAACUAAAGUCUAUCCAUUUAAAGGGUAA